AAAGUUCCGAACAUUACGACAUACCUUUCGUUCUGUUAUCCCCUCCCAAACAGACAAGGAACAGAACCAAACCCUAGAUCCCCCUUUUCUUCAUCUUAGUUUUGUCUAAGAAAAAUUCACAACUUAUCCAAGUGUGAAGAUGAAUCAUCACUGAAUCAAGAUCGUUUUAAACUAAAACCACGGUCUAGGUUCGGUCUGAUCAAAUCAUCUUCCAGGUUUGUUAUGGGGUCAGAACAUGAUCACGAUGAAAACAAACAAGUUUCAGAAGAACCUUUAUUAGAAGAUGAAAACCAAGAUGGUGAGCAUAAAAAGAUCCUUUCAGAAGAUAUUGUAAUCAUUCACUCAGAAAUACAUUCAAGAUCCUCCUCUUCAUCAUCUUCAUCUUCUUCGUAUUCAUCACCACCAAAACAUCUACCAGAGACAGAUUCACCUCCUGUUCAAGUAAUGGACAGGGAUGAUAAUAGUAACUACGACCCAGACAGGAUCCCAUCUUCGGUUUUCGAGACAAGCAAAUCGAAUUUGCAAGCUGAUUGGAGCUGCGCUUCGAAUGAAUCUCUCUUUAGUAUUCAUAUAGGGAGAAACAGUUUCACUGUUGAUGCCAUGAAAUCAGGUGAGCUCUACAAAUCAGGAGAGUUGCUAGCUUAUAGUCCUGAGCUUCCUAUGCCGCCACCACCAGGAAAAGAAUUAGACCCUUUAGUCGAGUCGUCGAAAGUUGUUGAUUCAGAUGAUGAUGAUGAGAAAGAAGAACAGCCUCCUGCUGUUUCUUGGAAAACUCCUACAAAGUCUUACCGUUCUAACCGGAGCUCAAACAGCACGCAUUCCUUCUCUUUCCCCAUUUUAGCAGGAGCUGCAAGUGAUUCAGCAAGUGUAGAAACAGGGGAAAAGAAGAAACAAGAAAAGCAAUCAGAAGAGACAAAACCACCAGCAGAAGUAGAAAACCAGAAGAAUUCAACAAUGUGUGGUUGGUUCUCAUGGUUUCCUUCAUGUCCUUCGUGUUGUUCUUUACGUUCUCCAUGUUCUUGAAUUCGUUUUUUGCUUUUGUGUGUUUUACGGAUUAGUUGUGACCCUCUUAACCGGUUGAGUAAACCAGUUAAAUGGAAAUCAUGUGUUAACAUAAAAGUAAGUUAGGUUAACUAUUAAUGAAUCAAAUGGUUUAGGGUUGUUGUAAGAGAGCAAGGUGGACUCUCGCAGGUCUAUUGAAAAGUGUUAAUAGUUAAUAUGCUAAGAGCUUGGAAACUUUGUGUGGUUAUGUGAGGUUGGUUCCAUGAAGCUUAACUCUAGUUUCUAGGCUGAGCAUUGUCAUGAGUCUCGUGACCGUUGACCAGUGGGAUCAACGUCCGUCUCUCAGACCUGUUUCUCCAUGAGCCUCCAUUAAAACCGUUGCCCCGAGUUCUAGUUGUCUCCAGUCUCAUUCAUAUUGUAUCCAAUGUUUCGCGCAGAAUAUCUCCUGUCGUUUGCAUUGUUGUUGAUUGCAGAAGAAUUCAAAAACAAAAACUCAAUUAGGAUUUAUGUUGUUAUUCAUGAAAUUAUCAUCUAUAGAUGCUCUUCGGUUUUCGAUUCUGAUUCAAGAUCCCUUGUGAGCCUAUAGCUGCAUUCCAAUAUCAAAAAGAAAAAGAAAAACAAGAACUUUGAAUAACUGAGAGUCUGAUGAGCAAAAACAUUUUUUUAAAAGCAUGUGACAGUGAGUGAACUCGUGCUUAACAUUUCGAAACUACUCUACCACACACAUUUUUAAAGAGUUAUAACUCAAAAACAAGAUUUGAGAAUUUUCUAAUUACUUUUUAGUGUAUUCAUAUCUGCAGCUUUUGGAAAGUAUCAGUUAACCAAGUUAUCAUAGUCGAGUGAGUAAUGGAAUGAGAGCUGUUUACGUGUUUGUGGGCCUAAAAAUUAGAAAAGCCCCCGGCGAGGAGCGAACUCACGACCUUUCGCUUACGAAGCGAACGCAAUACCACUAUGCUACGGAGGCAAUUUGUCUUGUGUCUGAAACGUCUCUUUUUAAAAAAUGUAAAUACGCAUACAGACCAAAGAAGCUUCGUUCAAACUUUCGACGGGAAGGAGACGAGAGAGAAAGAGAGACGCCGCCGGAAAUCUGUGUUGGGACAAAGAGGUCCUGAUAGUGUAGGCGAAAAGAAGAUUCUGCUUCAACCAACAAUCUGUGACUCUCUCUGUUCUUGACUUGAGGCUAGUGAAGGAGCUUUUAAGCUUUAGAGUACUACUCCUACUACUUGUACGGGUGAAUUGCAUUUUAUAGGUUCCCCAUUACAGCUCAGAGGAACUACUCCUGUAUGUUAAUUUAUUUCAACACCAAGAACUGAUCUAGAUUUGAUUUAAUUCAACCCUAACACAUUUCUAAAGAAGGUAGAAACACUAACCUUGAUCCAUGCUUGGAUGCAACCCCACCAAUUGAUGUUCUCUUCUUUAACCUUCUCCUUUUGGUGAUUUCCUUGAUGGACAAGAAAUCCCAAACCUUCCUUAAUCUCUCCUUUUGAUAAUCAGU